CUUAGCAACUUCACCCAACAGUCACAUCUAUCAAACUUGUCAGUCAUAAAUACCCAACGAGAAGAAUAUGAUGCAAUCUGCAACGAAUCUAGAACCCAUGGGUUCAGAUCCCUACAAAUACGUGGGAGAUUCGAACUCCCUCUUAUCGAAAUACGAUAUCCCGGUAACCCAUUUAGAUUUUUCCUACGUUGAAAAAUGCCAAGACAGAAAAGAGCUCGAAAAAAUCUUGCACGUCUUGAAAUCGGGAGAGGAAGGCUACUAUCCACAACUGAUGAAAUGCGUGGAGGAGAAACUCCAGAUCAUCUACCCGAAGAGUAGAUUCUUGAGGAAUUUAUCCAGGGUGAUGUCGAAAGAUGAAGUUGAGAAGGAGGAAUGGAACGAGAUCACCAGAGAUUUGAACGAAUGGCUAACCGGAGUGUCCAAGGAUAAUAGAGAGUUGGAACUUAGAAAGGGUCAAAAACCUCCAAUUCCACACGAAACUGUUAACAUCCGAGAAACCAAAGAAUUACAAGAAGAAAAAGACACCAAACCCCAAAAAAUCAAAUCCACCGACUACGCAGCUUGGGACAAGUAUGACGUAGACGCUGAAAUGUUAGAGAUGGACUUGAAAGAGGAAAAACUGAAGGAAGAAGCGAAACACCAGAGUUCAAGCAAGAAGAAAAAGAAACAAGUUAAAUUCAACAUAUUAACUACGGACGUCGAGGCCAAGAUUGAAGCCAAGGAAGAGAGGGAGAAAGGCAACGAAUAUUUCAGGGUUGGCGAUUACAAAUCCGCACUGAGGCACUACACCGCCAGUUUGGAUUUUUACCAUACCAUCGAGGGGUUCAACAACAGGGCCAUGACCUAUUUGAAGUUGGAAGAAUACGAGAGGGCGCUAAUGGACUGCGAUUUCGCUUUGGGGUUGGACCCCCUUAAUGUCAAGGCCAACUGGAGGAAAGCAAUGGCGUUGGAUAAGAUGAACGAGUACGAGAAGGCCCUGGAAUGUAUCUUGGUGUGUGUGGACAUGGAUCCGAACGAUGAAAAUAUACAAAAUUUCGCCAACAGGUUGAGGAAGAAGUGUAGAAAGAUUGACACAGCCAAAAGGAGGAUGCGUGUUGAGGAUGCAAGUGUUUCGGAGGAAAAGUACGACUCAGAAGGUAUAAUUUUAUCGAAUUAGUUUUUGGAACUGAAU